AUGACGAGGACCCCCGAGGCUGCAGAGCUCCCCUUUCCAGAGCUGCAGAGCAGCCGGCCAGACUCCCGGCACGGCGGUUACCAGUGUCCUCGACUCAUCCCCCGGCCGUGCGGGCCUUCCGUGUGCCGGGAGCUGCCGUCCGCACGGGGUGUACAGAGAGCCGAGCCCGAGCCCCAGGAGCUUCCUUCCCAGUUGGAAGGAGGGAGGAGGGAGAAAAACUAA